GCCAAGGACUUGAAAGGUGACAUGGGAAAAGACGAGUUCAACAAGUUGGUCUUGGAAUGUUUGCUCUUGCUUUCUCCCGGAGACUUUGCCGACAUUUGGGUUGGCAUUCCCCGUGAGCUUCGGGCAGCUUUGUUGUUCACGUUUUGGGAGUGUUUUCGUUUGCUGCCGCUGACUACCACGAAUGAAUCCAAGUGGAAGGCAACUGUGAAGUACCUUUCCAAAUGCCCAGAGAAAGCCGAUUCCUCGGAUACCUCACGGCACAUUGAUGCCAGCACUCGUGCCUCGGAGUCACUUGGUGAAGCUGUUGCUCCUGACCGUGUGCCGGGGCCCAAGUUGGCAACUCCAAAGAAAGGCCUGGGAGGAUUAUCUGCUUUGGCUGAUGCUACUCCACUGAAAGCUGGAUUGGACGCCCCUCCGGCCGACCGUAACAGUGAGGAGUUCGCAACUUGGGUUUCUGCUAGGAUUCAGGCUGAUGUGGAUGGUUUAUCUUUGGAUUCAUUAGAGGUGAAGCAUGCAAACCGCUUUCCUUGCAAGUUGAAGCCCAGUGCUGCUUUGAAGACCCUUCCUCCUUUGGAUGUCAUGAGCCCCAUUUACCAGCACACAUUUCAGUUCUACUUGCGCAAGUUCAAGGCUUUGCUGACGGAUGUGAGCCUCGGAUCGGCCCCAGCUAAGUCCUUGAAGCGCUUAUGCGAUGCAUUGAACUUGGAGGUGCGGGGCAAAGACAGUCAAGUUCCAGAAGUGCUCGCCCGAUUGCGGGCCACAGACAUGGACCAGGAGCACAUAGCUUCGGCUUGUGGCGCUGCCCUGUGCUUGCUUGCACUGUUGCGAUUUUGGCUCCUGGGACUCACUAAGGGAAAGAUGGAAGCUGAGGAGAUUAUACUUCGCAUCUGUGCCAAGCGGGAGAGUGUGCUCCCCACCUCAUGCGGCUGGCAAUUUGUGAGUGGAUCUUUUUUUCCGGUUGUCCCCGCACCUGGUGAUGGUUGUGCGCGGAGAGCAUUAGAGGCAGACUGGAUUCGGAAGAUCGGUGUAUUGAACCCACCUCGGGUGCACCGCUUGCUUCGGAGCAAUGGUGUGACUAGCAGGAGUUCACUGGUCUUUGGGAGAAACCGCCUGGUUUGCAGACUGAGGGCCAAGACGUUUCCUUCUCCGCAAAUUGUGUGCGGGCAGAAGCUUGCUCAUGAUGCUUGGAAACAAGGGUUGCAGCGAACCGCUGCUGCGCUUGCAGGACAUCGUUUUCCUGGCUGUGGACUGUGUGCUUUGGCUGCUUGGAGGUUGUCGAGGUCAGCUUGGGUGUAUGUAGUGCAGCGUGUCACCAACAACGAGUCAGGGUGGCGCCGAGCACGGGCCUUGCGCGUGUUGCGUCGGAUUGCUGGCAUUCGAAGAGACUUGCCAUCCCCCAUCGCUGUCAUUUCUUGUGACAUUCCCUGGGUUGGGUCGCAGCAAGCUCGCAAUUUGGCCGUGCACGCGGUGCGUUCUUUGGUGGCCUCAUGGCGCAGGGCGGGUCAUUGGUUACCUAUUUUGAGGCAUGCGCGGAUUCGUUUCCGGUGGGCAACUACGCCCUCUCUUGGUAGCGUUCUUUGCAGCCGUGACUUCUUUGCAGACUUUGCAAUGGUGAGGCCGCCUUGUGUUUGUCGGGAGUUCCUGCUGGCAGACCCCACCUGGCCCACGGUGACCGUGGAUGGUCAAGUGCACAUUGCUGCAUCCCAGGCUCGGAUUCCAUGGCCACGGCACUUGCGGAAGUUCAGAGAAUUACCAGCCAACUUGCGUUUGCCACCGAGGCGGCAGCAGAUCGCAGUUGCUGUGAAGCAAAUGCUUCGUCGACUGCGGGACCGUUGCAAGCUGGCGGAUGAGCCAUGUUGGGUCGAAUCCGUUGUUGCCGAUUUGACUGCAGCUUUGCAAGGGCUAGCUGCUCAGCGCUCUACCAGAUUUCCUGUUUCGUGGCUGGAGAUUUCACUGGCCCGGGAAUUCCUCAGGCCUUUCUUCACGCAGGUCUUUGACCACAACCUGUCCCGUAUUGGUGUGUUUUGUCCUGCCCUAGUACACGUCCAAGCUUGUGCAGCUCUUGAUCUUGGUGAUCAUGGCACGGGGCUGGAUUUUGCUUGGGAAGCUGAUACGCGGAGGGCUGAAGUGAUGGCUACCAUGGCAAAGAUUGAGGGCCUCCCGCCGCACUUGCAACCAACGCGGCUGUCCUUGGUACCAGCCAGAUCUUGGUCUAUCGGAACUCCCGUUUUUCUUCCAAAGUGGAAGGGUCCAGGAGUGAAGUGGCGCCUGCUAGUGAACAAGCACCACGCGCCGGCGACUGGUUUGCACUCGGCUGUAUCUAGAGCCAUUGAUGUUGUUCUGGACAAUAUGCCCCGCGAGGCUUGGUCCGAUUUUCCAUCAGCCAAUGCCUUCUUGGGCAUGGUCUCGGACUUCAACGCUCUUGUGAAGAGCAUGUUCAUGGAGCCGCGUGGGUGGAUUGCAGCGAUGGACAUGGUUGAUUGUUUCCACCACCUUCCUUGCUCCGAAGCGCCGUCUAUUUGGGAUGCUCUUUCUACCUUUUGGAGCGCCCGACAUGUGGCUUACAUCAGUGUGCCUUUACGAAGGGGCGGUGGUGCUGGUCGCCUUGGUCUGGUCUGUGACGCUGGCUGGGUUUGCUUUUCCUUCGCAGAGAUUCGGGAGGUGUUGAUGCACUUUACCUUGACCAACUUUGUGGCUCUGCCCGGCCUCCUCGGGCGUGAGCUGCGUGGGGCUCCAAUGGGCGAUGCUUUGAGUGGGGCAGUGCUGCGGCUCUUCAAGUGGAGUAGGGAGGCUGCGCAACUACCUGUUGAGAAGGCAGACACUGUUUGUUUCCGCAGGUCCUGCUCAAAGCUGGUCCAUCUCUGUGGUUGCAACAUGUUGGUCCUUGACGUCAGUUUCCGGGACGACUUGCGCAUGUUUUGCGUGUGGGACGGGCAAGCCAUCAUUGAUAGGGAAAGGGUGGCGCAAUGGGCUAUCUCCAGGCUGCGCGCCCGAUACCACUACGGCACCAUGAGCUUGGAAGAGUGUGAGUUUCGGACAUUCAUUGGUUUGCGGACGGAGUUUGGAGAUGAGGGCCUUUUUGUUGCCCCUGUCUUCCCUGACCCGUUCGGAAGCUGUAGCUACCACACGGUCGACAUGCGAAUUUUGCAGCCAUGGUCAUCGUGGACCCCCCGUUCACAAAGGACGGCGGUCAUUAAGGGAUGGCUGUGCCGCAUCUUUCAUUUGUCCAGCUGCUCCGAGGGCAGGGCUCUUGCCUUUGAAGAGGCUUUUUUGUCUUUAUGUUCUUUGGCUGGAUUCCCUAAAGACCUGCUUGCCAGGGUGACCAGAGAUUGGAUCCUUCGCUGGGUGUCCGCAAAGGAUGCCCGUGCAGUACAGUGCGUAAGACUUGAGGUGGAGAGGGCAUUGUGGCGAUUGCGUUAA